AUGGCGGAUAUUUUGAAGAACAUUCUCGGUCUGAAACAAGCCGCGGCCGGGACCAAGGGCGAUGCCGGCUACCACGCGCACUCGUUCCCCAAUCGAGCCCGCAUCAAAAACGCACAGUCUAACGCAAGAGACUAUUCAGACUUUGCCGACUUCGCCUCUGCUCCCGACCCAGCGCCGGCUGCCGCUGCCACCCUCGGUGGCGCGACGCCCCUCGCGACCGGCCGACCCUAUACCAAGUGGUACAACGUCCAUGAGCGCCACUCGCUGUCCGAGUUCAAGGUGGAGGGCGUCAUCCUCCUCGUGACGGCCUUCAUCUUCAUCUUCCACUUCUUCGGCGCCGGGUCCAACCGGACCAAGGCCAGGAAGUGGAUACGCGCCCACGCCGCCGCCCUGCAACACGAGUUUGCCCUCGUCGGCUUCGGCCGCGCGCCGACCGCCGACGUCGUCGUCAACCCCGACACCUUUCUCAAGGAGAAGUCGCUCUUUGAGUUUGCCAGCUACGCGACCGGCCGCCGAAACGUGGCCUUUUUGGACGUCAAGAUUACCCUGACCAAAAAGUUCAACCCCCUCGUCUACCUCUUUGAGGCCGUCGGCAGCUUCCUCGUCGAGUCCUUGGGCCCCGCGCCCGAGGACCUCGUCGAGGUGCUCAUCUACCCCUUUGACGGCAAGGAGGCCCUGACGGUGCCCCGGCGCCGCGGCCCCGACGAGGCCGAGCCCCAGGCCGACGGCAAGAGCCAGUUUGACGGCUUCGUCUGGGCCGUGGUCAACAAGACGCGCAUGCAGCGUCUCCGCGACCAGCGCUACGACAUCUCCCUGACGGCCACCAAGGACAACUCCAAGCUGCCCGAGUGGCUGACGGUCAUGAGCGAGAGCGCCGAGGUCACCGACACGUUCCUGACGCCCGACCUCAUCGCCGCCAUUGUCGCGCUCGGCGACAACUUCCAGUACCUCGUCAUCUCGGACCAGCCGACCGACAGCCCGACGACGCUCGACGAGACCACGCCCCGCAAGCGCCUGCAUCUCAAGUACAGCCUGCCCGCCGACAACAACUACGACGCCUACGUGCCGCUCUUUGAGUACCUGCUCCGCUUGCCCGACCUGCUCGUGGCCCAGGCCCACUUCCGCCCCGAGGUGCUCAAGAAGAUUCGCAGCGUCCGCGAGCAAAAGAUUAACCAGAUCAAAAAGGCGGCCGAGGAGGAGCGUGCCGAGGAGCGCGCUGCCGACAAGGACAAGGCCAAAAAGGCCAAGCGUGACGCCGAGCUCAAGGGCCUCGACGCCAAGGCGCAGAAGAAGUACCUCGAAAAGGAGCAGGCCAAGGAACAGCGCAAGGCCCAGAAGAAGAUGACCAUGCGAUGA